CACCGUAUGUUAAGUGAUAUUGAUUGGACUUCAUUGAAUGAAAAGGGGAAAAGAAUAUCCGCCGGAGUUGUUGCGUUAUUUAAUUGGUUCCUUUGUUUAAAUUCAAAAUAAAAACCAGUAAUUAUGGCAGGGAGAUCAGAGGUUCAGUGGGUGUUAAUAGAUACAUUUUUAAUAUGUUUAUUUAAAUUAAGAACUCAUUGGCUUUUGGCGGUUGAGUGUUAUAAGCAAAAAUAUAAUUCAUAUUAUCUGUCUACUUUAAGGUUUUGGUGCCUUUAUCAUGUUAUACUCACAUGAUAUUCUUCAGAAACGAGGAAAAUUUGGAAUCAUAUGGCUAGCAGCGACAGCUGUAAAAAGAUUGAAAAAAAAGGAAGUUUGUGGUGUAAAUGUUGCUAAGUCAUGUGAAGACAUACUUAAUAUCAUACAUGGAAGGAUUUAUUUUGAAGGACAAAGAAGAGCUUAUUUAUCUUUAUUAGUAUCUUCACAGCUUAUGUAUGGCCUAGUUUUUAUUAACAACAGACAAUUUAACUUUCUGCUGGAAGAAAUUAAAGCUCUUGUUAGUAUGAUGGCAGAGUUCGGGAAAAAGAAAGUGUUGGACAUUGACCUACCUGACAAAUGUUUAAGCAAAUUCCGAGUUACAUUUAAGGAACCAGAUAUGGAAAAUGUUCCACCAGAGUUUGGUUGCCUUAAAGAGGUUUCUUUCAAUGGAGUAGAAUACCCAUCCUAUGAGUAUUUUACUAUUACUACACCACGAAGUACUGAUGAGUGGGUUGUAUCACCUGGAUAUCCUGAACAGUAUCGUGCUCCUGAUAUAGAAGAAUUGGAAAGGGCUCAUCUUGCAAGGCGUGAGGAUAUAACAAUGUUGGAGCCUUCCACUGAUGAAGCAGCAGCUACCCUCGAGCCACAAAGAGAGCUUGAAGACGUACCGGGAAUUCUUGAUCUGCCUGAAAUGGGAAUUUUUCAAGAACCGUCACCAAGUGAAGAGAAACCUGCAAUUGAAGGUGAAGCACCUGUAUCACAUUUGUUGAUGACACCAGAAAUUCCUGUAGAUAUGGCUGAGCCUACAGCACCUAGAAAACCAGCAGAAACUGACCAGUUUAUGGAUACAACAGUGCAGUUAACAUCUCCAGCUCCAAGGAGGAGAAGGGCUUUGUUUGAAGAAACAAAUGGAGAAUUUAUUUUAAAACCAGUUACUAUAAGCCCCAGAGCUCGAAGACGACGACAUUUAAUUGUAGAUCAACAGACCACCCUAUCUAGGGAAGAAAUGGAAGCUAACAUUGAAACAGCAAACAGACGUCUUACUAAUCCAUUUCAAUAUGCUUCACUUCAAGAACCUGUGGAAGCUAUGUUUAGAAGAUUUGGAUCUCGUACAGCAGCAAGAGGGAGAAAAAAUUUUUGGUGCCAACCCAAAACUCUGCAGGAACCUGAUGAUCCAGCACCUUUUGGAAAUUUAAUGGAAGAACUCGAAGUUCUAGAAGAAGAAGCUGAACCAAUUCUUGAAGAAAGUAUUGCCGUUGAAAUGAUAGGUGGAGAAUCUGAAAUGGAAAGGGAAAGAGCUGCUGAAAGCUACAGUAGGGAGGCUAUAGAACCUUCUGUGUCUGGAUUACCUUCUUUAUUAAAAGGUCCUGAGGGAAUAAGUGCUGCAUCAUACCUUGCAAAAGACAGUUCUUCUCUUCCUUCACUUGGAAAGGAAUUUCAAAAAUAUGAGCCUGUGCCUGCUGAAAGUGUUGAAUUUCCUACUGAUGAAAUGCUGGAGAAACUGCGAGAAUCUGUUCCACAAUGUAUUGUGUCACCUGAAAGAACUCCUCCACCUCCUUCACCUGAAGAACCAGCCUGGCCUUUCAUUGAGGAGACUCUUAACUUAGUCAAACAGACUUUUCAAGAAAGUCCUAUUUCAGAAUUGACAAAUUUUGCUGCUGUCUUGGAAAAAACUGAAAGGACCAGAAAAUGUGUUGCCAGAAUGUUUUCUCAUCUCCUUCACCUUCAUGCCAAUGAAAUAAUCCGUCUUGAACAGCCAGUACCAGGAAGAGACAUUUUUAUAUUUAAAGGAAGGAAUUACGAAAACUAUUAAACUUUAAAUAUCACUAAAGCAUCACGUCUUUUACAUUAUUUACAAG